AUCAUAACAACUGCUCCUCUCUGGGUACGGAUGGUAUCACUGUUAACAGCCCAGUGAAGCAGCAGUGCUGAAUUCCGAGGGUUCUCAAAUCAUCACUGAAAUGUAAAAGCAUGGAUGACGACGACGACGAGUGUCAAAAGGAUUCUUAGCACUAAUUGUAAGAUGGGUUAGCUCAAAUCAAUCUGUCUGAAAGAUUUUUGCGUGAGUGCUUCUUUAACUCUGUUUUGACUUCUCUGGUAAUGUCAUCAAAUGUUGUGAUGGCAAUAGAUUUUGAAGGGGAAAUGAUGCCUUGAAGUUACCCCAGUUGUAAUAAAAAGCCAGCUUGAGUGUAGUUUGCUUAUUGCAACGCAGCAAGAAACAAGUGUCACUUCCUGAAGCUGUCUGUCCAGAGGAAGUACUGAUAUUUUUUGGAUUUUUUAAGGAAAUGUGACGGUUAAGAGUGCUGUUUGGGCGUAAUAUUCAAUUUUCUGUUAUGGAAACAAAGUGGUGGAAUUCCACUCUCUCCCCAAAAAUCUAUUCUUGUCUUGGCAAAGAACAGCUAGCUAAAAAAAAAACAGACCCACUUGCUAUCUAUGGCUUAGAAGAAAUGGUCAAGAACAACAUAUUAACAGCAACAACAACAACAAGAAUAUCAGCAUUUAUCAUUAAAAAAAUUGACCUUAAACAACAAAUGCCAAUAUAGUAUUUGUCUACUCUCCCCGCGUCGUGUGCUCCUCGCUGUCUCUAGCUCUCCCCGCCAAAAUCUCCCCGAAUUAUUUUUUCUUUCUUUCUAUUUGUAGCCCUUUCUCGCAAUUUCACUCACCCUUUGCGGAGGCAUUAAUUAGGCUAAGGCUUUCGUUUGGUUGCGGCAUCGUUUUUUUAUGUAAAAGCACAUUCCUCACACCAAUGACAGCAGCAGUUUGUGCACCUUUGACUCCCAACCCAGUACCAGAUAUGGAACAUUCUGGGGAUGAGAGGAAGAAUAGAAUUGAGUCACUAAAAAAGAAAGCAAUCAGUGCCUCCAACAAAUUCAGGCAUUCUUUGACAAGAAAGAGUCGCCGAAGUAGCAAAGUCAUGUCUGUUGAAAUUGAGGAUGUGCACGAUGCUGAGGAACUAAAGGCUGUUGAUGCUUUCCGUCAAGUGCUGAUAUUGGAGGAAUUGCUUCCAUCAAAGCAUGAUGAUUAUCAUAUGAUGCUCAGAUUCUUGAAGGCCAGGAAAUUUGAUAUCGAGAAAACAAAGCAAAUGUGGUCUGAUAUGCUUCAGUGGAGGAAGGAAUUUGGUGCUGACACAGUCCUGGAGGAGUUUGAAUUCCAGGAACUCAAUGAAGUCUUGGAAUAUUAUCCCCAAGGGCAUCAUGGAGUAGAUAAAGAAGGAAGACCUGUGUACAUUGAGUCAUUAGGCAAAGCAGAUCCUGCCAAGCUAAUGCAAGUCACAAACAUGGACCGCUAUGUCAAAUACCAUGUACGGGAGUUUGAGCGAACUUUUGAUGUCAAGUUUGCAGCUUGUUCACUAGCAGCAAAGAGGCACAUUGAUCAGAGUACAACCAUCUUGGAUGUGCAAGGAGUGGGCCUCAAAAGUUUCACCAAAGCUGCUAGGGAUCUCAUUACUCGCCUUCAGAAGAUUGAUGGCGACAAUUAUCCCGAGACCUUGAACCGCAUGUUCAUAAUCAAUGCCGGUUCUGGAUUCAGGAUGUUGUGGAAUACCGUUAAAUCUUUCCUUGACCCUAAGACAACAGCAAAGAUCCAUGUUCUUGGGAACAAGUAUCAGAGCAAGUUGCUUGAGAUAAUUGAUGCCAGUGAGUUGCCAGAGUUUCUUGGAGGUACUUGCACAUGUGCUGACAAAGGAGGCUGUGUGCGUUCUGAUAAAGGCCCUUGGAAUGACCCAGAGAUUCUGAAGAUGGUUCAAAAUGGCGAUCACAAAUGUGCAAAGAAAUUCGGAACUCAAUAUCCUGAUGAAAAAACAAUCUGUGAGGAUGACCUAAGCUGCUCAAAGAGACUUGACUCUUCUAAGGUGGAGUCAGCUCCAGAGCAUCCACAAUCCUCUCCUGUUCCUGAAAAGGCGUACAAGUUUGAGGACUAUGACCUUGUAGUUGAUAAAUCUAUGGAUAUAAGUUGGAAAAAGGUGGACAAUGGCAUGUUUGCUCUUUCAAAAGCAAAAGCAGAUUGCUAUACUCAGUAUGAUGCUUGCAAGGCUCCCCAAGCAAUCAGCUCGCCACUUUUUACUGGUGUCAUGGCUUUGGUUACGGGCAUUGUCACCAUGAUUAGAGUGACACGCAAUGUUCCCAGGAAGAUGACUAAUGCCACCAUCUACUCAAGUCCUGUCUAUUGUGAUGACACAGCGGUUAAGAGCCUGGAACACCAGUCACCUGCCAUCUCUAGCGCAGAUUACAUGACGGUUUUGAAACGCAUGGCUGAAUUGGAAGAUAAAGUUAGUGUUCUGAGUGCUAAGCCCGUUUCCAUGCCACCUGAAAAGGAGGAAAUGCUGAGUGCUGCUUUAAGCCGUGUUGAUGGCCUGGAGCAGGAGCUUAUGGCAACUAAGAAGGCUCUCGAGGAAUCACUUGCUCAACAAGCAGAGCUCGUCGCUUAUCUUGACAAGAAGAAGAAGAAGAAGAAGAUGCUGUUCUGGUGAAGAAGAAAGGCAGGAUACUGAGAGGUGCUUAAAUAACCGGUAUUGAGGUGAUUUUCUGUUUUGAAGUACUUCAUUGCGUGCUCUCUGGUUCAAAGUCAUGUAUAAAUACAUGUAUAAAAAAGCCAUCAGAGGUUUUGUGAAGAUCCAAUUUUCCAUUCUAACACGCAUGUAUCUUCAAUAAAUCCUGGUGUUUUAUUGCUCUAAACAAAAUAUCAAGGAAAAACAUCUGAACAUCUAUUAGCAGUCUAUUGUGAGUGACCAAAGGGAAAAGAAUAUCCCUUCUCAGUUUAUACUAUGUAAGACUUCAAUUUCCUUUUAA